GUUUCGAACGCCAGACGCAGUUUCCGAGGGGCUCUCCUGAAGGAAAUAAUUUUUUUUUUCGAACAUUUCCAGCCCCUAAAUCUGAAUCUAUGCCCCUCCUGCAGGGUCAGCCGUUCAGGCUCAUCAAGCCCCCGGAUCAAAUGGAGCCUGGCCGGGAAUUGUUCGUGAUACAGCACACAGGAGAGAAGUUUGUGUCGAAAAGCGACUAUGAAGACAGACUGGCUUUAUACAGUCAGAGUAUCUGGACUUGCCAGUGCACAGGCAAAUCCGGCCUCACACACCAAGAGGCAUGGACCAGCGAGGCCAAAGUGCGAGUGCUCCUCAAUGCGUCUUUCCCAUCCCCCCUCUUGAAACCCAUCCUUCAGCUGAUACACCAUAGUACUCUGCCUCUUGAUCAGCUUGUAGAAGCAACUUCCAGCCUUUGUUACACUCGUUUCCAUCAAGGAGAGGAGCUAACUCUUUUAGGGCCUCAGCCAGUACAAGUGCGUGUGAUAGGGUCAAAGGAAGCUCCUGUACAAAUUAAAACUGAAAAUGGGGCCACCGAGGAUGAACACGCAACAAAUGAGGCCCUCCAGACCCCUGCUCCUGCCACCCCCAAAGUUGCAAAUGGAUGCACACCGUCAGAAAAUGAAAAUUCAGUUGUCAAUGGCACAGGAAAUGGGGUGACAGAGAGUGAAGAGACUAGCCCAAGCAGCGGAAAAGGGAAGGAGGAUGCGGCAGGAAAGAAGAAAUUGUUGCCAUUGCUCUACGAUGUUUCCGUCAUUGGGGAAGACAGGACCAUUGUAGACGUUCCUGCAAAAAACCUUCAGCGAACAUACAAAAAUCCUCCCAAAGAGCAUUUUCGUCUCUUUAUAAGAGCCAAUGCCAUCAGACAACGGUCAAGCUGUUACACCCCUUGGAACGUGGCAGAAGAACUUGUUAAACAGUACAAUAUCCAGGGUAAGUAUGCCUCCAUAUUCACACAGCCAAAAACGGGUCCUUCCAUAAAAAAGAGAAAGUUGGAAGGCCAGGGCGAAGAGAAGGUGAAAAAGCCAAAGUCAGAGAAAACAGAAGAAACAGUGAAAAAGACUAAGCCUAAGACAGACAAAGAAACAGCAAAAAGAGUUAAGCGUGACCCCGAUGCACCUAAACGUAAACCUGGCCCUAAGCCAGGGUCAAAGCGGACCCCAAAGGUGUCACCCAAGGUUUCACCUAAAGCAGAAAGCCCUGUGAAAACUCCCCCCAAAUUACAAACCCCAGUGAAAUUGGAAUCAAGUGACAGUGAUGACGAUGUGUCCCUUGCAGUGCUUGCAAGUCGUUCACCAAAGAUGAAAAAUGGUAACACAGAAUCUCCAAAGUCCAGUACACCUCCAGAACAAAAGACACCCCCAGGCAUUGUGCCCCUGGUCAAGAGUGAAAAGAAAGAAGUACCAGGAGGAGGCAAGGAAAAUUCCAAGAAGAUGAAGCAGGCCACUCUCUUCGACAUGAAGACACCAAAGAAAGUGGGUGCCAAAUCUCCAGGUUCCAAAGCAACCCCAAGAAGAUCACCUCAAAAGAGAGAGAUAACAGCAGAAUCUGUUAUGCGCUUACCUCUAAUGAAGAAAAUGGUGAGCGACUACAAACUUUACAAAGGAGUGCAAGGAGGUGGUCGCAAAUUGGUCUACACCAUGGAUCAGGUGCUGAAGAAAAUUUCCAUCCAGCAAGUAGAGGUAAUCCCGGAUGAGGGUAUAAGAAACGAUCUGCUGAAGAGACACGAGCGCAUCAUUGAAAAACGUAUUUUAACCAAGAUGGCACCCGAGGAGAAAGAGGAAUAUCUAAAGCAAAAGGCCAGAGAAGUGGCUGAAAAGCGUAUCCAGACCAAGCGAGAGUUGAAACGCAAGAUUGAGGACAAGAUUCUCACCGACACCAAACCACUUCCUCAACCAAAGCUCGUCUCCACCCCAGAGGAAAUUCCAAACUCGCUCUUUGGUGACGUGGCUAUGAUUGUGGAGUUUAUUGACUGCUAUAGGGAAAUACUUGUACCUGAGAAGAAGAUGAGUAUUACAUGUAGCAAGCUCUUACAAGCACUUUCUGCAGGAACAAAGGGUUACAAGAUUAUUGCUGAAGUGAUAAGUCUUCUGCUGCAUGUUAUUCUUGAUGAUGAGAGAUUUGGUGAGAGAAAGGAACUAGGUGUUAAGAUCAAAGACCUGACCAUUCAUUACCAAACGGCCAUUGAGCUUGCACGACUCUGCCUUCGUAAAAAGGAGACCUCAGAUGCUGUCAGUCAACACUCCGAUGAUGACAUGGGAGAGGAGCAGAAUGAGCUGUCUGAUGGCUUGCUGGAGAAACUAGAGUCCUGUGAGCUGUAUGAACUCCAAAGCGAAGAUAUUAUUAUGGUUCUGAAAGCUUUAUGUCAUCAUGCCAUGGCUUCGUAUGCAGCAAUCGAACAUGUGGAAGAAGUGGAAGAGAAAGUGUACUCUCUCUACAAGGAGCGUGCACAGAUCAAGAAACAAACAUUGAAAGAGGAGAUGGAAAAGAAGAAACAGAAGAAGGAGGAACGCAUAAAGAAGAAGACCGACAAAACAAGCCUUGGCAAAAAGUCCCCGGGCCGUCCCAAAGGGUAUAGCCCCAGAAAGAAAGCCGUUACAUUGGAUUCCUUCUAUGGGAAGAAAGAGGAAGAGGAAGAAAGCGGCCCAGACAUAAUAUCUAGGGUCAAGAACAGGCGAUUGACUGCUGAAGAAUCCAGAAAGGAGAGGGAACUUUUGAAACAGCAGGAACGUGAACAGUUAUUGAAAGAAGAGGAGGAAAGGAAACGAGAGAUGGUCGUCCUGGAGUACGAGAAAGUGCUAAAUCAGAAGGAUUGUCUGAUCCGCUUGCAGCCCCUGGGAGUGGAUCGAAAUCACGACCGAUACUGGAUCUUCAAGUCCAUGCCGGGCCUCUUCAUUGAGAAGGGCUGGGUAGACUCCAACACCACGUAUUGUACAAAACCCAAAAGCGCAGCAAAAGGAACAGCCAGCUCGCCCUCCAAAAUGAUCAUCAAGCAGGAGUCCGAGUCGGAUUCAGAUGACAAGCCUCUCUCUGCCAUAAAGCAGGAAUUAGCCACAACGCCCCAGAAAAAGGUUAGCAGUACGGCAAGUCCCCGGGGAAGGCCCAGACUGGUCAAACCACCGGAUGAUGAUGAGGAUGACACAUUCCCUUCAGUUGGACAGAAUAUGUGGUUCCAUUACGAUACUAUUGAAGAGGUGGACAAACUUGUGGAGGCCUUGGCAGAGAAAGGUGCUCGAGAAGCUCCUCUGAAGACAUCCAUUUUAAACCACAGAAAACAUUUAGAAGAAACUAUAGCAAAACCAAAAGAAACCCUGGAUGAACUUGAGGAUGGUGCCAAACAGCUGAUGGAGUCCCUGAGGGAAGACAUUAUUCAGAUUGAGCGGGAGCUGACAGAAGGCUGGCUCGGGUCUGUGCCUGACUUCGAAGAGUGGGAGAAAAAGGCCCAAGAAGCAUCAACACAGCAGGAGUUAUCUGAGUGUUUGCUGGAGGUCCAGCGGCACAUACAGUUCAAGUAUCUGAAGGGAAUCAUGGCCCCAAUUAAGAAACCCAUGCCUUCAGAAAAUCCGGAAUUACCCACAGAAUAUGAAGAGUUGGAGAAUCCUGCAGUUCAACAAUGGAGAGAUUCCGUAAUGAACAGCCAAACCCUGUCCCGGUUACACCUGCUUGUAAGCAUGUUUGAUUCAUGCAUAAAGUGGGAGAAAUCCAUAGCCACAAAGAAAUGCAAAGUGUGUCGUCACCAAGACACCAGUAUACCACUCGCUAUCUGUGACCAGUGUGAAGGUAGCUACCACUGGAGCUGUAUGCGUCCACAGCUGCGUGAGACACCACCUGAGCCCUGGCUGUGUCCUGCUUGCCAGCCGAAAAAGAACAACAGAGUAAAUAGAGAGAGAAGUAAAGCUGGACAAGGAGAGGAGGAACCUGAAGUCCGAGGUGAAAUUAAGCAGGAGAAGAUUUGUAGAGUGUGUGAGCGUGGCUUGGGCCUCAUCUUCUGCAGCAAAUGUCCUGCUGCCUAUCAUUCAGAGUGUCAUGACCCACCCCUCCAGACAAGAGCCAGAAAGGAUUGGGAGUGUGUCGACUGCAAAAAUGCUGCUGCUUCCAAACAGAAGACACGAUCUGGGAGAUCAGUCAGCUCAAGAACACCAUUCCAGGCAGAAAAAGAAACGACUAAGGAAAGCAAGAGUCGGUCAAGAAGUGGAGAAAAAUCAAAGAAGCGAAGUGGCAGUAGUAGCAAGGGAAGUGGAGGUGGAAGACAAUCCUUGAGGCGUUCAGCAAGAGCACGUUAUACAGAUUCUGAUGACGAUGAUGAAGACGACGAUGAUGAAGAUUAUGAGGAGCGUCCAUCAAGAUCAAGGGGCAGCAGGAGGAGUUCACGAAGAGCCACCGGAAAGAAGAAUUACAGAAUUGUUAGUGAGGACGAGGAGGAAGAGGAAGAGGAGGAAGAAGAAGAGGAGGGUGAGGAGGAAGAAGAAGAGGAGGUGGAGGAGGAGGAGGAGGAGGAGAGAGAAGAGGAAGAUUAUGAGAUGAGCAAUUCAUGCGUGUACUGUGGGUUAGGACCCAAUAAGAAAAGUGGUCAUGCACAGCUGCUCCCUUGCAUGACCUGUGAUUCCGCUUUCCACCUGCAAUGUGCCCGUAGCCAUGGCCUAACUGCUUCCUCCAAGAAUUCGGCUUCAUACCAGUGCUCUAGAUGUUUAAGGAAUGGUAGAAGUCCAUCUAAAUCUCCCAUGAAAAAGGCCAAGAAUGCUGAGGAAAAAGAGAAUGGAAAGGAGAAUGACGAAGAGGAGGAGGAGGAAGAGGAAGAGGAAAAUGAAGAUGCAGAAGAAGAGGAGGAAAAUGAAGAUGCAGAAGAAGAAGAGGAAAAUGAGGAUGCUGAAGAGGAGGAGGAGGAGGAAGAAAAUGAUGAGAAUGAUGCCCAAGAUGAGGACGACGACAAUGAAGCUGGGGACGAGGAGAUGGAUGUAGAUGAAGGGGAAGACGGAGAUGCUGAAGAUGAUUCGGAUGAGGAGGAAGACGCUGAAGAACAGGAAGAAGACUUUGAGAUGAGGGAGGAGGCUUUGGAAGACGUAGAGGAUGAUGAUGACGAUAAUGAGGAUGUGGAGUCACAAAGUGACGAUGAAUAAUUUUUCACCUGUAAGUUAAAGUAAUUAAGGAAAGAGGGGAAAAUAUUGUUGUAUGUUCCAAUGCAUCUCAAGGCAAAGAUGUUCUCAUGAUUUUUUGUAGACCAAUCCCCAGUCACCAACCCAGCUGUUUUUUCCUCACUCUCACUCUCUCUCUCAUCUCUCCUGUCUUUCUUAUUCUUUCUUCUCUUCUCUUGGCUCUUCUUGUCGCUUUCUUUUCCUUCCUUUUCUUUUGUUCUACCCAGCAGCCUAUAAGAUCUGUUUCAGGGGAUCUACAUCAGGUAGAAUGUACUUAGAGUAAACAGUGAUCAAUUGUCACUUUGUAGAUCAUCAUCAUUGAUCAGCAUUUUUCAAAAUGGUUGAUUUUUUCACCCAGACAGAAGGCUGUUAGUACUGAUAAGUUUCAAGGGAAAACUAUGUAUUGAGUAGACAAAUAUUAGACAUAUAUCAGGGUCUGGAAUAGCUAGUAAACUCCAUUGUAGCUUAUAGAUGUGAUGGGAGGUAGCUGUUUCAUUUAUGUAAUAUCUUUCAUUCUCUGCCUUCCUUUUAAUUGCUGCAGUGCAGUGUAAAAUGUAUACUUUUGUUAGGCAGAGGCAUUCUGUUUCAGGAAAAGCUGUCAUCUUUUAACAAUAAAGUAAAGAGGAGACUUUUAUAUAAGCAUUUAUAGACAUUGAAUUAUUGGCACUUGCAGUACUGUAUCAACUUUUUUUAUUGUAAUUUUUAUUAAAAUCACCAAACAGAUUUUCAGUGUAGAAAAAAGGUUCCCAAACUGUUUUAAAAAAUAUGUAUAUAUAGAUCUAUAUUAUUGAGAAGAAAGGAAGGAAAAGUUUUGAAGCAUUUAUUUGCUGUGUAUGCAAAACAGCUGAAUUGCUGAAUUACGUGAGACAGCCAGACUCUGCUUGUAACCUGUGGUAAGCGAGUACCAUGAGUGAUAGCUUUCUCUCUCUUGUUAGGAGAAUUCUGUUGUAACACCUUUUCUAUGUGAAUAUUUUGCCAAGUGUCCAACUGCAAAUAUCACAUUCCAAAACUGUGGAUUAGAAGUUAAGUGGUGGGUAGAUAGUUGUCAGGUAUAAUGGUAGCUAUAUAUUAUAUAUAUAUUCAUCUACUAAUGCUGAAGUGUUGAAGUAUAAGAUAAUGAUAAUAAUAAUGGUAAUAUUAAUAAAAAAACAACAACUAAGAAACACCCUCCAUAUCUCAAUGUGGCCCUUAUAUACUGCUUCCAACUUAGAAAAUAAUUAGUGAAAAUAUUCUGUUGAACUGUCCUCUGUACCUAGCCCCGCACCCCCCCCCCCCUUCCCCCCUCUCCCCAUUUUCUUUGUCCCCCAGAUACGCUACCCUUUUUCCUCGUAGAUUAAUGUCACUUGUGAUUUAUUGGAUUCAUAGUGUUUUGUUAAAAAAAGAAAAGAAAAGAAAAUGUUCUAGUUUUGUUUUUGUUUUUUCUGUUUUCUUUCCUUUGUACUUUUGUUUUUUCUUUGUUUUCUGUCUUUAACUUGUGUCAUAUUUCUUUGCAGUAUGCAUUAGUAAAUUGAUAUCAUGUUCUCUUCUCCUUCCUUCGUCCUCUUUUCUCUAUAUCCUUUCUGCCUCUUUAUCCUCUAUUCUUGUUUUUCCUAUCAUCUUCCUCUUCCUCUCCUCACUGCUGUUUCUUCUCUUCUUUCUUUUUGUCAGUCUGCCUCCUCUUCUCCACCUCUUCUCCCUUCCUUCCUUCCUUCCUUAUUUUCACGUCUUAUCCUAUUUUAUUUACUACAUGGUUUUUAGGGCCUUCUCCCUAAUUUCCUAAUACCAUUUUGAUAUUUACUAAACAUUUUGAAAUGCAUUUAGCGUCAUGACAAGUGUCCAUCUUGGCAUAUAUUAGAUUUUGGAUCUGAUAUUUUUUCUGUGAAAAGUAUGGUUAUAGAACACAUCUAUUUUGUGAUACUUAUGUAUAUAGGUCCUAUUUAUUCUAAUAUCUCAUUAUUCCAAGUUUCUAGUUUCCAAGUGAGUGUUGUCAAUGACAAUGUACGAUGAGAGUUAGAAACUAGAUUGUGAAAUUAGUUGUGGCGGCAUCGUUGAAUCUGGCCAAAGCAACAGCGACAUCUAAACCUUAGGACUUUUAGGUUAUAAGUAGCAUCCUGGGAACCUAUUAUGGUACAAGUUUAAGGGAUAUAUUCCCGCGUUUGUUCGAGCAACUUGCAAAAUUAGCCACGCAUAUUGUGUCCGUAUGAAGUAUUUCAUAUGUUAACCAAGCAUUGGAACUUCUUUCAGAGGAUGAUAUAUUUCAUAGCACUCUCUCUUAAAUAGUAGCUUUGAAAUUGAUAGGAAACAUAGGGUGGGAGGGAAGUUUUGAUAAGGAAGGUGCAUUGUAGAAGUAGACAUUAAAUGAUAGUAUGUAAAAGGCAAUAAUCUUCUGGAUCAAUUUUAGGAGGUAGUUCUUUCGGUUCUCGAGCAUAUUGUUAGGUGUAAGAGAAAUCCGUGGGAACGGGGAUUUUCGUUUGUGACGGAGGAGGAAAAAUCAUUGUGUAUAGCUAAUAUUAAAUAUGAAAUGGAUGAACUUUUUUUAUAUACAUGACAAAAUUUAAUUCCCAUAUAUAUCUGCAAUUUAUCCUUUUCUGUGGAAUAUUUUUAUCCAAGUUCAAAAAGGUAAUUAAAAAGUUUUUGCAGAUUAUUUUUAUCACUUGUAAACUAAUGGUAUAUAAGUAUGAAAGCAAUUUAGGUAUUCAGAAUUUAUAUGUUAUUUAGACCAUGUAAAGGAAAUGUAAUCUUGGUAAAUGGCCCUUAUAAGGCUGUCUAUAAGUCAGGCAGGGGCAUCCAGCCUGGAACUUUUAAACUACUGAUAUAUACAUAAUGUUAGUUAAACCUCUUGAAACAACUACAAUCAAGAUUUUAUCAUGUGAUGGAAACUUUCAUGUCUUCUUUAGCUGGAAUGUGUACUAUAAAAUAUUUGUGAUGUAACAGUGGGAAUAUAUACAGCAUUAUUAUUCUGUUGAAAUUGGUAAACCAAAAUUUUAUUAUGCAAUGGAGGGAAAUGUCACAUCAGCAUUCAUCAUAGCUUUGUAUUUCUUUUUUGAGUUUUGCAGCCCUCUUUUGAAAACACUUGAGUGAAGUUCUCUGUAAACUAAUGGUUUUGCAUCCAGUCUACCGUAGUCCCAUGAUGCUUUUUUUUUUUUUUUUUUUUUUAGUAUCAUGUUCUGUGAAUCUUGUAAAAUGUUCUUUUGAUUUUUCUAUAUCUUUCCUCCCUUGUUUUUUCUUAAUUUCUUUUACUCUUUUUCCUUUAUAUACAUAUUUUGUGAAUGGCCAAAAAAGGGAAGCAAAUUUGCAAGUAUUUUUAACGUAUUUGUGAUGUUCCUGCAGCAAUUGUUAAGUAAUUCCAUACAUAGUAUGUUCCCAGACCCUCUCAACUAAUGCUGUAGCAAUGUACAAUUACAAUUACCUUAAUCCCACAAGUCUUGCUUCUCGGUAUGCGUUCGUUAUUUGUAUCCAUGAAUAUAUAUAUAUAACAGCUUUUGAGUAAAGCCACUGACGUUUUAGUAUAAAGAUAUUUCCAGUGAAGCCGGGGUUGUGUGCAUCUGGCCAUUGUGCAUCACAUCCCUUCAUGACAGCAGUACAAUACAUAUGACUGCAUCAUUCAUCAUGGUUGCACAAUGCAGUUUGUUGCAGUGGACAGUAGCAAUGCACGAUGGGGCAAUUGUUUCUGUUAUUAUUUUUUACAGAAUGUGCUCUCAGUUCUAUGAGCUAUCUUGACAUGCUUCCUACAGUAAAAGUUAUAAAGGCUUUUAUUUUUUUAUGUUUACUAAGUUGUGAUGGUCACAAAUACAUACUUAAUAAUAGUUGGUAGAUGCGUAAUUGUAGCACAAAGUUUUAUUUACCAGUGAACUGCAGUUACUUCUUUUUGCCUAUUUAGAUACCGGUACAUUGUGAUAAUUGUUUGGUCAUACUGUUGAAGUAACAUGAGUGUCGUCUAUAUGAACUCUCCUGUGGUCAUAUACAUGGGCAUGUGAAAUGGUAUGCCGGCAUUAAUUAAAUACCUUAAGAGAACAUGACAGAUCACUGUACAUCAUUCAUAGAGAACUAAAAGAAAAUAAUUGUAGUGAAAAGGCAGUUUCCAAUGUGGAAUUGACUUCUUCUUUUUUCCUCAUUUUUAACUGAUGCAAGAUUGUGUGCAUCAGUAAUGUAUCGAGUGAGAAAAUUUUACAUCGGUCACUCUAUAUAUAUAUAUAUCAAGGUUCCUUCAGAGAGAGAUAAUCUCAAGUAACUGUUCUACCUCCAUAUGUUUACUAUAGAAAUUGACUGUUAACCACGUGCUCUUCUCUGUGAUGUUUACUUUAUGGAUAUGUCGCUCAUUGCACGUUAACACUAAUGAUUGCAGUGAUCCCUUUUGUUGACUUAUGCCUAUGAUUCCCGGAAAAAAAAGUUGCAUUAAUUGAUUGCAGUCACGAAUGCAAUGUCAGCGUUACAGCUUGCAAGGGAAGUAAAGGGUUUUCCUCAGUAGCCAACAAAUCUGCUGUUCACUUACUCUUUUGUGAAUCAUGACCUGCAAACUCUACCAGUCAAGUCACAUUGUAAUCAUGUGAAUUGUGGUAAAGAGCUUUGAAAGAAUGUGCAUUUAUGUGUCUGAGAGUAUUUUUGAAUGAUUGUUUGUGUGUCUGUGUGUGUGUGUGUGUGUGAGGGGUUGCAUGUGUAUGCAUGCCCGUGUGAAUGUGUCUGCAUGUGUGUAUAUAUACUAUAGCAAUAGUCAUAAUGAAAUGCUUUCCAAGUGGUAAUCUUUCAUAGUUUUUUCCCCUUCCCCUUUUUAUGGUACUGGCAUUUCUGUAUUUCCUACUUGGCUUCUCGGGUAAAGAAAAUAGAUAAAACGACUACUGAGCACCUGUGUUUUGAUAUUGGCGACUCAUCUGGACUCUGAAUGUUCGAUGUCAAAUAGCAAGGAUGAAGGAAUAACCAUGCUGCUUAAACACAGCUACCACAUAUAUUGAUAUGUAAUUCUUCAUACAUUUUGAAGCACUGUAGCUAUCUAUUUUUCAUGUAAUAAUAAAUAGUUGAAAGAUA